AACUGCACGGACAGCACGACUGGAAAGGAGGAGAAUUCUUGCAAUAUUCAGGCUUUAUGGUCUCUGCAGAAGGAGUGAUUGUAGGUUUACCUUUUCUUUCAGUCUUUCAAUCAGGUUUGACGACUUAAUCACCAUAUCGCUUCAGGAGGGAUGACGAGAGGGAGGAGAGAUAUAUGGGGGGAAAGGUGUACAUAAGGUGUACAGAAAGACAGCGACCAGAUCAGCAGUGAAAGAGAGUGUUUGAGAACGGUGUCGAAACCAUAUCUCUAUCUCUCUCUCUCUCUCCCUCUCUCUGUGUACCACCUUCUCCCUUGAGGCUAAAGCAACAAGUGGACACACAAAGGAUAAACCAGAACCAGUGACUUGCCACGUUCUGGAUCCCUUGGAAUUAACAGCUUAUAGGAAUUAUGUCCAGUUUCAUGUAUUACCUGCUCCCAGCAAUAGGGGGGUACACCAUAACAUCUCUCUACCUGCUGAAGAAUCCACACAUCCUGCACAAGAAGAAGCAGACAGCCUUCCAUAGCAAGCACAUCUCACACAGAGGAGGUUCUGGAGAGAGAAUCGAAAGCACCAUUGAGGCUUUCACACACGCAGUGGAGGUGGGCACAGAGAUGCUCGAGCUGGACUGUCACCUUACUCGAAAUGGUCACGUGAUUGUAUCACAUGAUGAGAACCUCCUGCGGCAGACCGGUCUAGACGCCAACGUCUCCGAUCUAGACUUAGAGGAGCUACCACUGUACAAGGAACAACUUGAGGUCACAUUUUACACAGGUCACUACAGCACUGGCUCAGACAGAAAGUUUGCCUUGUUGGAAGACGUCUUCCGCACGUUUCCUAGGAUGCCUGUGAACAUCGAGGUGAAAGAACUGAACAAAGAGCUGAUUGAAAAGGUAUCAGCACUUGUGAAGAAGUAUGACCGAGAGGACAUCACAGUUUGGGCAUCGGUGGAGUCAACUAUCAUGAAGGAGUGUCGUACAGUGAAUUCCUCUAUGCCUUACAUGUUCACAGUAAAGCGUGGCAUGCAGCUGCUCCUGCUUUACUACACAGGCCUUCUGCCCUUUGUUACACUGGGAGAAAGCUUCCUCCAGUUCUACCUGCCCCAUAUCUUUAACACGACUUACAUCCCAGAACCUGGCAUUCUGAGGAACAGACUGGUCAUCUCACUAAUUCAAAAGCUGACUUUAAGGAAAGGCUUGUUUCAGCAUCUGAGAGACCGAGGAAUUCAGAUCCAUCUGUUCGUUUGUAAUGAAGAACGGGAAAUCGAGGCCGCUUUUGCAGCAGGAGCAACCGGAGUCAUGACUGAUUAUCCCACUGUUUUAUCUGACUACCUUAGGAGGCACAGACAGGCCACAUGAAUGACAAGUUGAACGUUACACUGUAUAAUAAUAAUAAUAAUAAUAAUAAUAGCUACACAGCAGUGAGGAUUCUAUUAAAUGGUCAAAUAUAACGUUAGAUCUACAAUACUGACUUUUGUAACUUGAACUAUGGUUCAUAUUGUACAUCAGCUGACUUCCCUGUUUCUGGAUUGUACACAGAUUAUACUUUUUUUUUCCCAGAUUACAUAUUUUAUCAUCUUCAUGAGAACACUGGGUUCUGGGGAAUUUUCAUGUCCAAUGCAAUAAACUGAGUCAUAAGACUAUCCAUUUUUCAAGAAUAGUUUGUCAUUCUUGUAUUUCACAAUUUUCUCAGGAAUACGUAGUUCAAAUCAGUGUCACAUUUCAAAACGGAGCCUUUUUUUUUUUUUAACUCAGCAUACUGUUGUGUAGAGGCCCGCUCGAUUAUAUCAUACUUUUACAAGAGUAAAACCCUGGCUUGAACAAGAACGACAAAUGUUUUCAAUUGUACUUUCUUCUCAUGAAAUGCUAAUCAUGGGUACUGAAUCACACCUAAUCACAUUACAUUACAUCUGAUACAUUCAUGUAAUAAUGUUUAACUCUAUCAUCACUGUCUGUCUAAUAAAUAGAUUUAUACCACAA